AGAAGAAAAACGAAUUACAUCUUUUUACAAUCCGCUCUUCAGUCGAGCUCAUUCUAUCCGAGGCAACGCGAGAGAUCUAUGUACGUUUUUUAGCUGGGGAAUCAGUGUUUCUUUUCACUUCCAGACUCCUUCCCCAACGCAGCUAUGGCCUCGCCCAGGGCCUCGCAGCCCCACUCGGACAAGCAGAAAGGCAUGAGCUUCUGCCUCUUCUACUUGGCGACCUGGAAGAGCAAAGCGGUGCUGCAGCAGGUGCUUGAGCUGGGGACGCCCAACAGGGACCCCAGCAAGAGCUUUCUCGAGUAUCUGAUGCUGGGGAAGCAUAUCGACAUGAAAGGUAUAAUUAAACACUUCAACAAGAGUCAGAGAUGGAAGAUUAGCAAGCCUCAGACGAACGACUUUGACGUGAAUUUGCUGUACCUCUGCAUAAAACACGGCUGCGAUGGCCUGGCCCCGCAUGGUGACAAGAGGUGGCAGGAAAAAGGAGAUUCGUUGGAGUACUGCAUUUCUUCCAUUAAGAAUUUCAGGAACAGCACCCUGCACAUGGUUGGCGUUGACGAGAAGACCUUCAUGGAAAAGGCUGAGGAACUGCGAGACUUGCUCAAAAACGCACUCGUGAAGUCGUAUGACUUUUACAAGCAAAAUGUCCCUCCUCGCCUUUUACAAGAACUUGACCAAGAGAUUAAUGACAUCAAAAACAACCCUUCCAGCAAAGUCGAUGAUGGCUUUCUUUUCAAUAAAUUGUGCGAGAUGGUCAAAGUCGAAGGAAAAGAAGAACUGAAGAAGAAAUACGAAGCCAUGUCAAGCAUUGGGCCAGUUACGAAUCUGCUUGGGAGAGGUGUCAGAGUGAAAGUAGACGUGGACAAGAUCUUCACCAAGAUGGAAAUAAAGAAAGAAAGUAAUUCUUCUGAGGAUAAAGAUGAAUAUGUAGAAUAUGAAGAGCUUCUUCAGUGUGUGCAGAAGAGACAAGGACAAAAGGACAACGUCGUUUUACUGGUCGAGGGACCGGCAGGGGUUGGGAAGACGACGCUCACUCGGAAGCUAAUACAUGACUGGGCCUCGGGGGAAAUGGCCAAGGAAGGUGUCCCAAACUAUGAAUUUGCGAUCCUGGCCGAGUGCAGAGACAGCACGAUCUCCUCCCUGGGACAACUUUUAAGUUCGCUUAUGCCAGAACUGAGUAAAAACGCCUCGAAUGAGGAUCUGGUCAAAUGCAUUCAGGAAAACAAGCUUCUGUUUAUUAUAGAUGGAUUGGACGAGCUCAACCCAUCUUCAAAAUUAGUUGUGAAUGAAAUAUUGAAUCUGGGAGAAACUGCUGACGUCACCGUCGUCUGCACAACUCGGCCUAACAGAGCGAGCGACUUCAAGCAAAGAGUGCCAGAGAAUUUCGCCAUCAUGCACAUCAAGGUCAUCGGGAUCGAGGAGAACAGGAGGGAAGAAUUUGUGAAAAAUUACAACAGAGCUUUGGGUGACGAAGGCCAGAGAGACAUCUCGGGUCUCCUCCAAUAUCUGAAAGAGAGUCGCUUGCAAGACCACUGGAGACUGGCUUUCAACUUGGUCCUUGUGACGAUACUGUGGCUCCGUAAACCUGAGCAAGUCAACAAACUGACGACAGCGACGGAGCUUUUCAUGGAAACACACAGGCUGUGCAAAGAGCGGCUCAGGCAAAGACUCCUCGAACAUAAAGAAACCCGCGCGAUAGACGCCCGAGAAGUAAAUGAUAAAGUUGAAAUAUUUCUAAACAAACUCCAGGAGGAAGCAUUAAUCAAUCAUUAUAAUGACAAGACGGUGCUGUCUGCAGCGUCGGUGGAACGGCUGAGGCAUGUCUGUGACUGCCUGUCCUUGCCUCACGCGGAGGUCCUGGGGUCCUUUCUCGUCCAGGCGGAUUCGGUGACGGGCGACGGCAAGGAGAAGUUCAGCUUUCCCCACAAGGGCCUGCAGGACUUUUUCAGCGCCCUUCAUGUAAGGGAAACUCUCUUAGCCAAAGAAAUAGAUAUCCUCCGUAUACUGAAUAACAUUGAAACUAUACUCUCUGACUGCAACGUUCCUGGCGAACUCAGCAAAGCUCUAGUAGGAGUAAACAAGGAAACACUGGAAAAACAAAACCGGAAAAUAUCGAAGAUAUCGCACAGUAUUCGGAGUGUCCUCGAAGACACGCUGGACAUGGCAAAAGCCUAUGACGAAACAGAGAGCCAGACAGUCAGUCUGGACUUGGUCAAAUGUCAAAACGUCUUGAUUCAUCUGACAGGACUACUCUACCUCGGAGGAAGCCCGCUGAAGAAGGACGCUUGCGCCGAACUGGUGAGCCUACUGAAAGACUCUGGCAUCAGGGACAGGACUCAGUGGCUGAGCUUGCUGUCCGAGGUCAAGUGUGACGAGACCGUCAGCAAGUGCAUCGCGCAGGCCAUGGACCUCAAGGAGGUAGAAAUAAGCGACAGCCAAGUGACCGCUUACGCGAGCGUCCUGAGACACAUGCGGCCCUCGCACGUGGAGGUAGACAUCAGCGGGGACCCGCAGGACGUCCCUCGCCUCCAGGAUCUCCUCUCCGCCAUCGAGGCAACGGACUGGAAGACGGAUCUCCGCUUCCGACAUGACUUCCGGUACAUGAGGGGCCGCAGCAGCGUCCUCGAUGAAAGGCUGAAGGAGUUCUUUGGAAGUUCAAAAGCCAAGCUCACAUGGUUCAACGGAUGGCUCAGCGGUCUGGCCACCAAGGCGCUGCCGUCGUGUCUCCAGUACCUCGAACUGGCCGUGAAGAACGAUGCCCACUACAGGGAGCUGCUCCCUUACCUGUCCUCGCUCGCUAGGAGACUCCCGCGUCUGGAGUGGCUCGGAUUGCAUGUUGCAUUGGGGAUAGACACGACCUUGCUGAAGCCUUUACCGAAGGUGAAUCGCUUAAGCCUCACAAUGGACAAAGUAACAGAUGAGACAAUAGGAUGGGCAUGCAGUGUUGCCUCUGCACUUAGGCCGUCUCCUAAAAAAAGGUACUUCAGUCUCGUAUUCCCUGACAUCCUGCGAAGCGAGGACACGUACGGCCUUCUCGUGAGGGAGCUCGUCUACGCCGGCGUGAGGGUCGAGGGCGUGAUGAGGACUUCUCCGGCGGACUCGGCAGACGAUGGGAAGCAGAGGCAGCUGGACGACCUCACCCGCAGAGCCCUGGAGUGCUACUUCGAGGCGUUGAACGAUGACAUAUGGCACCGGAAGCCUCUAGAAGCCCUGAGAGACUUCAACAGGAUGCGCCAUGAAGAGCAUUUCCUCUGAGAACUUCUCCACAACUUCCCCCACUGAUCAGCCAGAAGCCAAGCAAAGAUGUUAAAAAGAGAAAACGUUUGGUCUCGAAAACGUUUGCGACUCCUGAGGUCUUUGGGUUCAUCGUGCAGUGUUUAUUGAUUGUACAUUCUUCUUUAUUGCUAAGACACUGACGUAAAUAAUGCAAUGU